AUGACAAAACUAGCCUUAAUUCUCUCUCUUUGCAUCAUUUUCACAACUUUCAUCUCUUCAUCUUACUCCAUUUCCUCUUGCAAUGGCCCAUGCAAAUCGUUAAACGAUUGCGAUGGGCAAUUAAUAUGCAUUAAAGGAAAAUGCAACGAUGAUCCUGACGUUGGAACCAGUAUUUGUGGAGGAGGAGGAGGAAGUUCUCCUUCUCCUCCAUCUACUGGCUCAACGUCAGGUAUGCUAACCCUUAACGACUUUAGUGAAGGUGGAGAUGGAGGUGGUCCAUCAGAAUGUGACGAGAAAUAUCAUGAUAACAACGAAAGAGUAAUCGCGUUGACUACUAGAUGGUACGAUAAUGGUUCAAGGUGUGGGAAAAUGAUACGUAUUCGAGCCAAUAAAAAUGGAAAGAGUGUAACGGCUAAGGUUGUGGAGGAAUGUGACACAAAAGAUGGUUGUAAAAAUAAUGUAGUGGAUGGUUCAAUUGCUGUGUGGAGAGCUUUGGGAUUGGAUACUGAUGAGGGAAGAGUUCCUAUUACAUGGUCCAUGGCCUAG